AUGGAUUAUCUCCAACUUACAAUUCUUUCAAAUCGUUGUGCAGAAAUUUGGAAAUAUCGAAUAAGUGAAAAAAAUGUAUUUUCUAUUAGACGUUUUGCUUUAAUGUAUAAUAUUCCUCAAGCCGUAAUCGAUGCCGAUUGUUAUAUUCAACAAAAUUUUUGUUUUAUUUCCAAAACUACAGAAUUUGCUCAAUUAGAUUUUACAACUGUUUUAAAUAUUUUAAAUUGGGAUCAAUUACAUGUUGAUAAUGAAGGAAGGGUAUUUGAAGCUGUUUGUCAUUGGAUCGAAUUUGAUAUUUCUAAUAGACUCGUUUUUGCUCCAAAACUUUUAACCGCUGUUCGUUUACCUCUUUUACGCCCUGCCUACCUUAUUGAUAAAGUUAGUCGUAAUCCAUAUUUUUGUAAUUCAAUGGAAUGUAGAGAUUUAAUUGAUGAAGCAAAAAAUUAUCAUUUAAUGCCAGAAAGACGUUCAAAUUUCAAUUCAAUAUUCAAAAUAAAUAUAAGAGUGUGUACAGAAAUGCCUGGGAAUAUUUAUGUUUUGGGAGGAUUAAAUCAAAUACAGCCUUCUAUUGUUGAAUUUUAUGACCCAACAAUUAAAAAAUGGAAGCCUAGUAAAGCUAUGACUUCACAGAGGACUAGAGUUGGUGUUGCUGUUUCAAACGGAAAAAUUUAUGUUGUUGGCGGCUAUAAUGGUUCAGAACGUUUACGUUGUGUUGAAAUGUUUGACACAGUUAGUGGAAAUUGGGUUAAGCUUGUUUCAAUGUUUAAACGUCGUUCUGCAAUGUGUGCAACAGCUUUGGGUGAACACGUUUAUGUUAUUGGGGGUUAUGAUGGAACAAAUGCAUUAGAUUCUGUGGAAAUUUAUGAAAUAAAAAGUGAUUAUUGGUCUUUUGGACCUUCAAUGUUGGCUAAAAGAUGUGCUGCUGGAAUAGCUAUUUCGAAGGGGUUAAUUUAUGGUUUGUUUGUAAUUUUGUUUUUUUGUUCUGAUUUUUCAGAAUCUUCUGAUUUUUUAGAAUAUUCUGAUUUUUCAGAACAUUCAUAUUUUUCAGAAUAUUCUGAUUUUCAGAAUGUUCUGAUUUUAAUCGGUGGUCAUAACGGCGUUCAAAUAUUCAACACAAUGGAGUGUUACGAUCCAGUUAUUGAAAAAUGGUCUUCUGUUGCACCGAUGUUGGAACCUCGGUGUAGAUUAGCAGCAACUUCACAUCAGAAUAAAAUUUAUGUUGUUGGAGGUUAUUACGACGGCAACUUUCUCAAAAGUGCAGAAGUUUACGAUCCAGAGACUGAUACUUGGUCCUCAAUUGCCCCAAUGAAUUUAUCGAGAGCGCGUGUUUCUCUUGUAACUAAUGGGAAUUUUUUGUAUGCAAUUGGUGGAUAUGACGGGGAGAAUAAUCUAAACUCAGUGGAAAUAUACAACCCAGCCAAAAAUCAAUGGGAAUUUGGUGCACCAAUGACGUCUCAUGAAGGGGGUGUUGGAGCAGUUGUUGUACCAACAUUGCCUCGAAUGCAUACUAAUCGAAAUAAUAAUAAUAAUGGAAGUGGAGUUAAAAGGCCUUACAAUUUUGAUGAUUAUGGAGAAGAUGGAGGGGGAGGAGGAAAUGGUGGAGGACCUUCAACCUCGAGAAGGAUGAGUGAACAAAUUGAAUAA